UAGUAUCUCUCUCUCUCUCUCUGUCUCUGUUUUCUGAAUUCUCUUUAAUGCCUAGGAACUUAGAACCGUUGGAUCUUGGGAUCCAAAUACCAUACCAUUUCAGAUGUCCUAUCUCACUCGAACUUAUGCAAGACCCUGUCACCGUCUGCACCGGCCAAACCUACGACCGAGCCAGCAUCGAGUCAUGGGUCUCCAUCGGCAACAACACUACAUGUCCUGUCACACGCGCUCCUUUAUCCGACUUCACUCUCAUCCCCAACCACACUCUCCGCCGUCUCAUCCAAGAAUGGUGCGUCGCUAACCGCUCCAACGGCGUCGAACGUAUCCCUACUCCUAAACAACCUGCUGAUCCUUCCUCUGUUCGUGCUCUCCUCAGCCAAGCCUCCGCUACUUCUGGUGCACACGUCUCUGUUCGCUCACGCGCCGCCGCUCUACGCCGUUUACGUGGUUUCGCUCGCGAUUCUGAGAAGAACCGCGUUUUGAUCGCUGCUCAUAACGCUACCGGGAUUUUGAUUAUGAUCCUCUUCUCCGAAACGACGUCGUCGGAGUUAGUCUCUGAGUCGUUAGCUCUCCUCGUUAUGUUGCCGAUAACGGAACCGAACCAGCUCGUUUCUAUAUCUUCGGAUCCGGGUCGGGUCGAGUUCUUGACCCGGUUGUUAUUCGACUCCUCCAUCGAAACACGCGUUAACGCCGCCGCGUUGAUCGAGAUUGUCUCGACGGGAACCAAAUCGGCGGAUCUGGUAGGAAUGUUUUCGAAUUCAGAAUCCGUGUUCGAAGGAGUUCUCGAUCUCCUGAGGAACCCGAUCUCGUCGCGACGAGCUCUCAAGAUCGGAAUCAAAGCUCUGUUCGCGCUCUGUUUAGCGAAACAAACGCGCCACCUAGCGAUAACCGCCGGUGCGCCGGAGAUUCUGAUCGACAGACUCGCGGCGGAUUUCGACAGGUGCGACACGGAGCGAGCCUUAGCGACGGUGGAGCUGCUCUGCCGAACGCCGGAAGGAUGCGCGGCGUUCGGAGAGCACGCUUUGACGGUGCCGCUGCUGGUGAAAACGAUACUGAGAGUGUCGGAUAGAGCGACGGAGUACGCGGCGGGGGCGCUGUUGACGCUUUGCACGGCGGAGGAGAGGUGGAGGGAGGAAGCGGCGGGGGCGGGGGUGGUGGUGCAGCUGUUGUUGAUGGUGCAGAGUGAGUGUACGGAGAGAGCGAAGAAGAAAGCACAGAAGUUACUGAAGCUUCUGAGAAAUUCAUGGCCUGACUACAACCACCACAACAACUCCUCCUUCGCUAACUCCGAUGACUUUGCUUGCAGCCAAGUUGUCCCUUUUUGAUUUUUUUUUUUUUCUAUUUUUGGUUACUACUUGUUUCAUAGUAAUUAAUUUUUUUUUUUAAUAUGUUACCCUUUUUUUUUUUUCUAAAGAAACAAAAUUAGAAGCAAAAAAUGGUCAUUUAUUAUUGUGAAAUUAUUGAAGGAAAUAUAAAUAUACAGAAGCUUUUUGAUGACCAUAUAAUUAGGUUUUUAUAUUUUUGGUUUUGGU